AUGUUGCACAGAGAGGGAGCCGUGGAAAGUGAGGCCCUUCCUGUCAAGGAGAAGCCUUCAGAAGUGGGGGUCCGCCGGAAUGACUGCAUCAUCUGCUAUUCCUCCUACGACCUGGCGGGCCGCCUGCCGCGCCGUCUUUACUGCGGCCACACUUUCUGUCAGGCCUGUGUGCGGAGACUGGACACGCCAGCCCAUGAACAGCGAUGGAUCCCCUGUCCCCAGUGCCGCCAGAGCACGCCCACCCCACGGGGUGGCGUGGCCAUGCUGGACCUUGAUCUGGCAGCCUUCCUGGCUGUGAAGGCAGAACGAGAGCCGCCCCGGGGAGAGCCCUGGCCCCCCACUUCCCACAAAGGCAGUGCCCCCAAGCCCAGCUCAGCCAUCACCCAGCAGCCCGCCAGCCCUUGUCCAGCCCUGGGCCCGCAGCCUAGCUUCCCCCGGCAGGGCUGCUGCUGGGGCUGCUGCCUAGGCUGUGAGCCUGAGGGCACCCCUGAAGUCUAAGUCCUGGACAUGAGGUGCCCAGCCACCAACCGUAUCCUGCCACGAAACAGCCCCUCGCCACAGGACCCAGGCAGUCUUCCCGGGAAGCCCAGGUUCCUCUCCUCCGUCUGGGCCCUUGUUGCAUCCUGUGGCACAGCUCAUCGCCGGUCCCUUGCCCUUCUCUCUGGGCCCCAGCUCCCAUGCCAGUUGCU